AUGUUUGUGUCUCGAUUCCCGUUUACAGCGAGGUUUCCCCAAUCUAUUUCCUUUUCGGCUGGUGAUUACUUUCUUGGCCUUCGAAAGGAGAAUGAUCACUGGCUAUACGUAUUUCACGAGGAUGGGAGGCUGGGUGCGGUUCCUACUAAUUAUGUUGAAGAAUCAAACUUUAAAAGCCCUGAAGAUAUGUGUAAAAUAGUUGAGUCUGCAGUCGCUGCAAUGAGUAACCAAGAAAUUUAUGAAAAAGAAAAGAUUCUUAGCUACCUUAGGGAAUUAAGAAGAAGUCUUGUCUCCGACUGCUCAAACGUCAAUUUACCUAGUUUGCCUGUUCGUAAUAAAACACGGCAAUCUAUAAAACCGAUCGACACUCAUUCUAGUACAACGGCGAAGAAGAUUAGCGUUAGCAGGGAGGAAACCAAGAAUGUUACGGUGCGGGCGCCUGGCGUUAGCUUUUUAAUGCUCGAUAAGCUAAGAAACUCCACCCUUGCCAGCUUCGGUCGAUGCGUUAACGGAUUCGUGAAAAUGCUGAAGGUCCUGUCAGAUGCAGACCCGCAGCUCACCACGCUUUCUAGUGAACUUGUAUCAGAAUUGCUUGAUCCAAAUCCAACCGUAAGAAGAUCUAUUUACGUUCGAACUGAAGAUUGGAAAGGUCUGCAAGAACACAUAGCUCAUUUGGAGCGGCGGGUAAAGGAUCAGCAAGAAUGCAGUUGGCCUUUGGUCGAAGACGAUACGACAGUCAUAAGUGACUUGGACGCAUUUGUUGAACUUCUUUGUAAUGCGGACCCAGAUAUGGUAUGCACAUGCCUGUCCAACGACCGACUUCCUUUGGCAUUGAGCUACCUUUAUCAGAGGGAGAAGAGGGCUCUCGUGCGACGAUUCUACCUCUUGGUUACUGUGGCGACCUGUCACAUACAGCCUGCCGUCUGGCCCGUCUAUCUUGACUCGGGUCUACCGAUGGAAAUAAUACGCGAAAUCAAGUUUUCUGAUGUUGGCUUUUUAGAUUUCAUUCUCGAUCUUCGUGUACUAACGGUUCUGCUCACCAAAAGCAACCGUCUCCCAGUAAAUCUUCAGAAUGAACUUAACGAGUCUUUCUUUGACUGCGUUUUCGGAAGAAUAUCUCGAUCUGUGACGGACGAGGAGAAUUCCAUCAAUGAUAAGUCUCCCGUCACCGACGCUAUGCGAAGACUCUACGUUUCUGACACAAAGUUACCACAGACCCAGGGUGAUGGCAUUGCUAAAACUACGUCCUCGAUUCUUCUUCUUGACACUUUCGUUCAAUUCGUGUGCGCCGCCAACCGUCACUUUUGCACUUCUCACUCAACUCCUCUCACACCCAUCAUGAAUACGAUGCUCAACAAUCAUGCUGCUACCAGGGACCUAAUAGAGCGCCUUCUCUAUAUUUUCAACCGUGAUGUUGAUCCUCUAAACCUGGAUGGUGUUUUAUUCGUACGAAAGCUUCGCGGUGCUCUUCAUGAGGGCUUUGACAUCUCAUCGCAACUCUACAGUGGUUUCUUGCUUUAUGAGGAUCCAAACAAUGAGUCGGGUAUGGGUCUGUUUGCUAAAUCUCGUCGCCUUUCGUCCACUCAAAGUAGCGCAUCUGAAAACGGAGCUGGUGCUGGCGAGGUUAGCGGGAGCGGUGAGCAUGUUAACAGUGCAGGGGAGAGUGGUGUGCAUGUAAGUGGUUCAGGAAAGAGUUCGCAUCAUCGUACAGGCCUAACAGAUGCCACACUCCGUCUGGCUCCCGACACUCCACGCAACGCAGCUCGUAAACUCGUCGCUGACAUCUUUUCGAACCGUGAUACGGCUAACCUCAUCUACCGUAACGAUGUCAAGGUUGUGAUCGAUGUCAUCAUUCGGCAGAUCUGCGAUCUACCGGCUAACUCACCGAAUUUGGCUGAGUUCUUGUUUUGCAUGGACAAGGUGAUUCGCAACACCGAUUACAUGUCACGCUCUGGCGGUCCCUACCGCCUGGAGGAUCUUCUUGAGGCUCUCCAUGGAGUUGAGUUCAGCGCCAACACUUCCAGUGCUUUAAAUUCGCGUGAUUUUACCACCUCACGAUCUCUGCGUCUAACUAAUGACUUGCUCACUCUGCUCAGUGCAACGACCCAUUAA